AUGUUGAUACUGUUGUUCAGUGCAAAGACUAUAGAAGUUACAACGAUAACAGUUCCUCCAGCAGUGGAAUCAAAGGACGGAAUCGGUUUCGAAGUUUUACUUGCCAAAUUAGACUAUCUGGAAUACAAGUUUAUGGAACUCGUGUACAACAUAAAAGAGCAAAACGAAUUGAUGGAACAAAACCAUGCUGAUCUCACGAAGGACAAUGCAGGAAUGACAUGGAUGGUGACGCGCUUGGAUGAGGCCUUAACACGGAAUUUUACAAAAAUGUUGAACCAAUCAUGGCAAAUUUUACAGCUGCAAAAAAGCUGCUCAAACCACGAAAGCUUGCGCAAGGAAAUUUUCAACUUAAAACCAAUAAAAGGACCCUCCGAUAAUGUACGAUUGCUGUUCGAUUUACACCAGUCUAAACUUCCAGGUCCAUACGAGUCCUGUUCAGCCGCGCCGACUAAGACAUCUGGUAAAUACUUACUUCAACCGUUUACGGAGGAUGAACCGUUUGUAGCCUAUUGUGAACAAACGAAAUUCGGUGGCGGCUGGCUGAUAAUUCAACGUAGAUACGAUGGUUCAGUGGAUUUUUUUCGUAACUGGACCGAUUACAAGAAUGGUUUCGGUGAAGUUGAUAAGGAAUUUUGGAUCGGUUUGGAAUUGUUGUACAAGUUGACUUCAUCGAAAACCUAUCAGUUAUUAGUAGAGUUGGAAGACUUCGAUGAGAACUACAAAUAUGCCAAGUUUUCCGAGUUCGAAGUUGGAAGCGAAGCAGAAAAAUACGUGCUGAAGAAAGUAGGCGCUUACUCAGGAACUGCGGGCGAUUCGCUUACUUACCACAAAGCCAUGAAAUUCAGUACGUUGGAUAGUGAUAACGAUCUGGAUUCUGAUAAUUGUGCCAAGACAUAUACUGGGGCUUGGUGGUAUAAAUCUUGUCACUACAGUAAUCUUAAUGGAAAGUUCAUGAACGCAGACGAUCCGAAAUCGAUUGCAUGGUAUCACAUUAACAAUUCCCAUCAAGGAUUAAAAUAUGCCCGAAUGUUGAUUCGUGAAGUUUAG